AUGGUUUACAGCAAUAGAAGGCUGAAAAUGAAAAUGGAAGGUGGAAUCGAUGGCAAGGAGGCUAUCCCCAUACCAUUGAGCAGCAGAGAGUAUCGAUUUGCGGCGACGGCUGGCAGUAGCAUCAAUGUGACCUCACAGAAGGCAAAAAUUGUGUUCGGCGACGAAUAUUUGGCUCUGACCAACAAGCAGCGAUAUCAGGCUAUCUGCAAGGAGUGGGAGAAUGAGAGGAAGAAAGAUGAAGAAUCAAGUUCCGCCUCGGAUAAUGAAGAGGAUGGUAAUCCUACCAACGAUCAAGAGAGCGCCAUCAUGAAAUGUAUCUCAGGUGAUGUGGAAGAGUCUGAUUGUGAUUCGGCUGAGUUGAGUACUCCCGAUGCUGGAGAUUCCAGGGAUGACGGUUUCCAAGCUAUGCGAAUGGGUGAUGAUGGAGUCAAAGCACCGCUGCCUCUCCAUGCCAUUUCCUUGGAUGACCUCAAGACUUACAUCAAACAGCUGAAUCGUACCCGUGCGUCUUCGAUUCCUUCUACAGUGCGAGGUCAGGAAGUGGCAGCCCGGCUCUUCGAAGGAAUGAAGCCUCCGAUUGAUAUAUCAUUCCCUCACACUCAUUCCGCCAAUCAGCAGAUGGUAUCUCCCAUCAAGUUGGGAGCUGGUCCGAAGCCCGUCACAACCUCGGAUGUGCUGGAUGAUAUUGUGCGCCAAAAGCGGGAGAGAGGCUCAGUAUCUCAGUCUCCGAUCCAGAGUGUAAGCAUUACUCAGAGAAGAGCCGCUAAUCAAGAUGCCAGUGGGCCAGCUGAGGGUGCAGCGUCUCCAGAGCCUCACGUCAAGGGCCUCUCUCGCGGAGAAGAUUCGCUCAAUAGCAAGGUCUGUCGAUUCUGUGGCAAGCCGCUUAUUGAUGGUUACAAUGACCAUGUUCGUGAUGGCUAUGAGGAGAUUGGCCCGAGAGCGAGCCAAGACUAUACGGGUGACUGCGGCAGGCUCGGGGAGAAAUUGUGGUUGGUGUGGGAUACCGUAUCCCGGAUACGCCUCACAGCGGUUAUGAUGAAAGAGGAUGGAGGAGAGAUGCCAGGUCAUGAGCAGUUUGCUGACGAGCAUGGCAAAAUCGUGAGGUUCUGUCCGCUCGCUAUGAAUUUGAAUCAUCAAAGGGUGGAGAGCCUGAGGCUCCUGAAAACGCAUCGUGCUAUGGAGAAGAAGAGUCGUUAUAACUCUAAUAAACGACGACGUUAUCAUGAGCGAAGAACGACUGGUGAUGGAGAGGUGGCUGAUAACAUCAUCGAAGGUACAACUCUUGACAAGAUGGAUGUCAAUACCGCAGUUGCUGCUAACACUAUCGGAGGCGCGGGUAUAUUCUCCCAGUUCUGCGAUUGA